UUAGCUGCGCCAUCGGCGAGAGGCGGACGCGUAUAAAGCAAACCGUAAAACACUAGACUCCAUCCCUGCACAGAUCAAAAAGCUCCUUACAAGCUCAGUCAACGAAAUGUUCAGGGUGAUUUUCGCCUUAGUCCUUGUGACUAUCUUUCAUAUCUCCUCAAGCCUUUCUCACCGAGCUCAAGAUGUUGUGGUAAGCAAAAAAGAGGCCACGUCAUUUUACAAACGCUUCUUUCUGGACAAUGACAUCUACGAAGAAUGCUACGGAGAGGAAUCGUGUGACUUCGAAGAAGUCGUCGAAAAGUACGGUCAUUCGGAACAGUCGUAUGAAUACUGGAACACGUAUACUUGUAACACCACCAAUAAACGCUGUAAAGACGUCGCCUGCCGUGGUUAUCCAAUCGGAAUGGAGAGCGGAAAGAUCUCGGAUGAAAACAUCGUUGCCUCCUCGUGGCAGGAACCCUUCCAUGCCUUCCGACCUGAGAAGGGUCGUCUACACAAAGAUGACGGUGUAUGGUGUCCUAACACGUUGGGAGAAGUUGACAAGGGAUAUUACCUUCAAGUCGAGUUUCCAGGUCGAUACAACAUUUGUGCAGUUGCUUCUCAGGGUUCACCUCUGUAUGAUACAGACUGGGUGACAAAAUAUCGACUUCAAUACUCCAUGGACGGGCAGAACUUCACGUUUUACACCGAAAAUGGGGAGGUCAAGGAGUUUUCCGGUAACACGAACGCUAAAGAGAUGGUAAAGAAUGACUUAAGCCGACCAAUCACUGCGCAUUUCAUCCGCUUUGUCCCCGUUGAAUGGAACUACAAGCCUUGUAUGCGUGUUGAGGUCUAUGGAUCAGCCAUUGCCUGUCCCUGGAAAACAAAGAACGACAAGUGUUGUGUGUUUCCAUUCACAUACAAGGGAAAGAAGUACUACAAGUGCAUUGUAGACUGGGUCUGGAUGCCAUGGUGCGCAACAACUUCGAACUUUGACAAGGACAAUGAGUGGGAGAACUGCCUUCCAAAAAGCAAGCAGUAAGAGGAGCUUCUACAAACCUUCAGGGAACUGAGAAUAGUAGUGAAAUAGCUGAAUCAAGAAAAUAAAGAAGCAGUUGCAGUGAUUCUCUUAAAACAUUAAUUUAGUGGAAAAUGUACUCUUGGCUCAUUAACAACAACUUGGAUUAUUAAAUAAAACUCUCCUGAU